GUGUCCGUCGUCUGUUGAGGCUCUUGGCUCUCUCGCCGCCUUUUGUGAAGGAGCGUUUUGGAACAAAGUGCCCCGGUGGCGGCGGCGGCGGCGGCGAGCGAAGACAGAGACUUGGACGGAGAAGAGCCUUGCUGUCAGGAUUCUAAUCAUGUCUGACAAAAGUGAGCUGAAAGCAGAACUGGAGCGCAAGAAGCAACGCUUGGCUCAAAUCAGAGAGGAGAAGAAGAGAAAAGAGGAAGAAAGAAAGAAAAAGGAAACUGAUCAGAAGAAGGAAGCCCUUCCUGUACAAGAAGAGUCUGAUCUUGAAAAGAAGAGACGGGAAGCUGAAGCCUUGCUUCAAAGCAUGGGUUUAACACCAGAUGCUCCAAUGGCUGUGCAACCUCUACGACUAGUAACAGCGGAUACCUGUCUGUUUCACUAUUUAGUCCCUCCUCCUAUGUCUCCAUCUUCCAAAUCUGUGAGCACACCAAGUGAGGCUGGAAGCCAGGAUUCCGGUGAUGGCGCUGUUGGUUCUAGGACGCUGCAUUGGGAUACUGAUCCAUCAGUUCUACAGCUCCACUCUGAUUCCGAUCUGGGACGUGGACCCAUUAAGCUUGCAAUGUCCAAAAUUACACAAGUUGACUUUCCUCCUCGAGAAACAGUCACAUAUACAAAGGAGACCCAAACACCAGUCAUGACUCAGCCAAAGGAAGAUGAUGAUGAUGAAGAUGAUGCAGUGGUACAAAAACCACCAGUCGAGCCUGAAGAAGAUAACACUUUGAAAAAGGAGGAGGAGGAGGAAGUUGCCCCUCAUGAACUGACAGAAGAAGAAAAGCAACAGAUUUUGCAUUCUGAAGAAUUUUUGAGCUUCUUUGACCAUUCAACAAGGAUUGUAGAAAGAGCUCUUUCUGAGCAAAUUAACAUUUUCUUUGACUACAGUGGGCGAGACUUAGAAGACAAAGAAGGAGAAAUCCAGGCAGGUGCUAAACUGUCCUUAAACAGGCAGUUUUUUGAUGAGCGGUGGUCUAAACAUCGUGUUGUUAGUUGCUUGGAUUGGUCAUCUCAGUACCCAGAGUUGUUGGUAGCCUCCUAUAACAAUAAUGAAGAUGCCCCUCAUGAGCCUGAUGGAGUGGCUCUUGUGUGGAAUAUGAAAUACAAAAAAACAACUCCAGAAUAUGUCUUUCACUGCCAGUCAGCGGUGAUGUCUGCUACUUUUGCAAAAUUUCAUCCAAAUUUGGUGGUUGGUGGCACAUAUUCAGGACAGAUUGUACUGUGGGAUAACCGCAGCAAUAAGCGAACCCCAGUUCAGAGAACUCCCCUUUCAGCUGCUGCUCAUACGCAUCCUGUGUACUGUGUGAAUGUGGUUGGGACACAGAAUGCCCACAACCUUAUCAGCAUCUCAACAGAUGGAAAGAUCUGCUCAUGGAGUCUGGACAUGCUUUCUCAGCCACAGGAUAGCAUGGAGCUAGUUCAUAAGCAAUCCAAGGCUGUAGCUGUCACUUGUAUGUCUUUCCCUGUUGGAGAUGUCAACAACUUUGUCGUUGGAAGUGAAGAAGGCUCUGUGUACACAGCAUGUCGGCAUGGCAGCAAAGCUGGAAUCAGUGAAAUGUUUGAAGGUCAUCAAGGACCAAUCACAGGUAUCCAUUGCCAUGCAGCUGUUGGACCUGUUGAUUUUUCUCAUCUUUUUGUCACUUCUUCUUUUGACUGGACUGUCAAGCUUUGGACAACUAAGAACAACAAGCCUUUAUACUCAUUUGAAGACAACUCUGACUAUGUUUAUGAUGUGAUGUGGUCACCCACCCACCCUGCCCUCUUUGCUUGUGUGGAUGGAAUGGGAAGGCUCGACCUAUGGAAUCUCAACAAUGAUACUGAGGUGCCAACAGCAAGCAUUACAGUGGAAGGUAAUCCUGCCCUUAAUCGUGUACGAUGGACAAAUUCUGGACGUGAGAUUGCUGUUGGAGAUUCAGAAGGACAAAUAGUAAUUUAUGAUGUAGGAGAACAAAUUGCUGUUCCCCGAAAUGAUGAAUGGACACGUUUUGGUCGAACGUUGGCAGAAAUCAAUGCAAACAGAGCUGAUGCCGAAGAGGAAGCAGCAACCCGGAUUCCUUCUUAAGUCUUUCAAAUGAGAUCUAAUAGUGAAUUGCCAUGGGUUAGGGAGGGCUUCAGAGUAGUAGCAUGUGUUAGUCUGCAACAGAACUUGAAAGUAAAAUGGAAGAUACUAUGGAUUUGACAAGAGUACAAGGAUUGCUGGAUCUUGCACAGUUGCUUUUUAAUUGCUAAAUGACAGACACACACUUAAUCUGAUCAGUGUAACUUAUUACUUACCUGACUUGGCAAGGAAUAAAUGCUACUGGGACACUAACCACAUUGUAUAUUUAAAGUUACAUGGAUUAUCCAGUUUGCAAUGGCAAAUAACUAUUUCUAAAAAAUUAAGUUAUAUAACUUUCUAAAUAAGAGCCUUUGUUAAUUAAACUGACAGGCUAUGCUGCGAACAUCAGUCUUUGAGUGGGGAAAAGCUAUGGUUAUAGUACUCUCUGCAUAGAGUUAUGCAUGCACUUAUUAAUUCCAUUUAUACAAUAGGCCAUAGUAGUUGGUCAUGAAUAAAUAAAAAUCUGUAAAACCUUUUUUAUUUCGCAAUGGAAACUUUCUAAAAAAGCUACUCAGUACUUGGGAUUUUUUGUUAAAUCUGUGCAGUAUAGGUAAGAAUCCUCUAUAAAUAAACAUUACAUAACCUUUUUCUCACGA